AUUAUGUUGGGAUAAUCAAUGUGGCGAUGAAACUUAAAGAAGUAAUAGAACGAAGUUGCCAGUUUGUAACUCGAAUUGCCUCACACAAGUAUGGCAGAGUCCCUCAGUUAAAGCUGUCUGGCCAUGUCAAUGCUGUCUUUCCAUAUAUUGAAUUGCCACUGGAUUAUAUCCUACCGGAGAUAUUGAAGAAUGCAGUACGAGCAACAAUAGAGAAUCACUCAGAAUAUGAGGUGAUACAGCUCCCACCCAUACACAUCACUAUUGCUUCCAAUGACAUAGACUUCAUUAUUAGGAUCAGUGAUCGUGGUGGUGGCAUCCCUCAUCACCUCAAAGUUAGAGCUUCAGAUUACAAUUUCACUACAGCUAACCACAGCAGUGAUUUUGGGGGCAGAGCAACAAGAAGGCGUUUUUUCCAACAUGAUGGAGCUGUUAACCCCAACCUGCUGGGAGGGCCUAUGUAUGGAUUUGGAUUUGGACUGCCAACUUCAAGAGCAUAUGCAGAGUACAUGGGUGGUAGUCUAGAAAUUCAGACCAUGCAGGGAAUUGGAACAGAUGUUUAUCUCCGAAUGAAACAUAUCAACAGUUCAGGAGCAUCAUUUAGAAUUUAGAUAAGCUCAUCAAUAAAAAAUUUAACCACAUAGGAAGAAAGGUAUCUAAAUAUCUGAAUUCAAAAGUAAAUUGUCUUAAUGUCAUGAUUAUUAUAGAUGAAAUAUUUUAUCUCCCAAUUAUUCCAUUGAACUUCCAUGUAGAUUUGGUAGCUCUGAUUUAUAGGACAUUAUGUAAAUAGUAUGCCAACUGAAUUUAAUUAAUGUCUUGUAUUGUAAUUCGAUUUCAUAUUGUCUAACACUUACCCGACUUGUAAAAGAUUGUAUUUGUAUACAAUAACUAUCACAGCACGUACAUGUGCUGAUCAGAUACAUUUCCUAUUCACUUGUCAUACACUAUGAUAUACAGCUCAUGAAGGUUUAAAGAAAUGCAGUAGCCACCUGCCUAACGACUGUUCACAUAAAAAUUUUGAAUAGUGUCCAAAAUAAAAACAUUAGGACCCUUCCCCCUCAGUUUUCUUAAUGAGUGAUUGCUUUCACUUGCAUAAUGAUCAGAUAAUGUUUUUAAAUACAUAGGAUGAUACUGGUAAAGUAUGCAUACAGAAUUGGUACUGUUUUGAGCACUUUGCUUUUGGAUCAGAAUGCUAGUUAAUGACAAGAAAUAAAAAGGGUGUCAUCUAAAGUGACUCCCCUUCCAAAGAUUAUUUCCCUCAAGGGAAGUUCCUUGAUGCUGGUGAGGGUCUCUUGAUCUAAGGAAUUACAUCUGUGCUCCAAUUCCUUGAAUUGAGCGUGUAUACCUCCCAUUUCCCAGGUGCAGUACGACUUCUACAGGUUUGCAUUUUCUCCACGACCCAAAAUAUUGAUUAAAUUAAGUGUAUGGAAUAGUUUUAGAGUGAAGUUCAGAAAGCCUAAAGAACAAAUGGAUUUGACAAUUAAAAAUAGGAGAGGAGAGUUAGAGGUAUUGGGAAGAUGGAAUAUUUUGAGAAAUUGUUAAAUGUUGCUGAGGAUAGGGAAGCUGUAAUUUCAUGUAUGGGGCAGGGAGGAAUAACAUCUUGUAGGAAUGAGGAAGAGCCAGUUGUGAGUGGGGGGGAAGUAUGUGAGGUAGUGGGUAGAAUGAACUGGGGUAAAGCAGCUGGGUUUGAUGGGAUAAAGACAAAUGUUAAAAGCAGGGGAGGAUAUAGUUUUGAACUGGUUUGUUUCUUUUAUUCAAUAAAUGUAUGGAAGAGGGUAAGGUUCCUAGGGAUUGGCAAAGAGCAUGCAUAGUUCCUUUGUAUAAAGACAAAGGGGACAAAAGAGAGUGUAAAAAUUAUAGGAGAAUAAGCCUGUGAGUAUACCUGGUAAAGUGUGUAGUAAUUUUGAAAGAAGAGUAAGACGGAGAGCAAGAUAGCAGAUGAACAAGGAGGCUUUAGGAAGGGUAGGGAUGUGUAGACCAAGUGUUUACAAUGAAAAAUAUAGAUGAACAGUGUUAAGAUAAAGGAAAUGAGGUUUUUAUGGCAUUUUAGAUUUGGAAAAGGCAUAUGAUAGGGUGGAUAGUGGGGCAGGUGUUGCAAAUGUUACUGAAAGCAGUGAAGAGUUUUUAUGAGGAUAGUGAGGCUCAGGUUAGAGUAUGUAGGAGAGAGGGAGAUUAUUUCCCAGUAAAAGUAGGCCUUAGACAAGGAUGUGUGAUGUCACCAUGGUUGUUUAAUAUAUUUAUAGAUGGGGUUGUAAGAGAAGUGAAUGCUCAGGUGUUGGCAAGAGGCAUGGGGUUAAAAGAUAACCUAACACAAAAUAGGAGUUGUCACAGUUACUCUUUGCUAAUGACACUAUGCUUUUGGGAGAUUCUGAAGAGAAGUUGCAGAGGUUGGUGGACGAGUUUGGUAGGGUGUGUAAAAGAAGGAAAUUAAAAGUGAAUAUAAGAAAGAGUAAGGUGACAAGGAAACAAAAAUUUAGGUAAUGAAAGAUUGGAUAUCAGAUUGGAGGGAAGGAGUAUGGAGGAGGUGAAUGUAUUCAGAUAUUUGGGAGUGGACAUGUCAGCAGAUGGGUCUAUAAAGGAUGAGGUGAAUCACGGAAUUGAUGAGGAGAAAAAGGUGAGGGGUGCACUGAGGAGUCUGUGGAGACAUUAUCCAUGGAAGCAGAGGGUAAUGUCUGAGAGCAUAGUUAUACCAACACACUUAUAUGGGUGUGAAGCAUGGCUUGUAAAUGCUGCAGUGAGGAGGAGGCGUGUCUAAGGGCAAUGUGUGGUGCAAAUAUUACGCAGAGAAUUCGUAGUGUGGAAAUUAGGUGUUGAAUUACUAAAGGUAUUAUUCAGAGGGCUGAAGAGGGAUUGUUGAGGUGGUUUGGUCAUUAAGAGAGGAUGGAGCAAAAUAGGAUGACUUGAAUUAUUAUUAUUAUUAUAAUCAAAAAGAAGCGCUAAGCCACAAGGGCUAUACAGCGCUGAGGAUGACUUGAAGGGUGUGUAAAUCUGUUCUG